AUGGCUACCCCUAGUGUCCUCGCUUUUGACGCUGAGGGUCGAGCCAUUGACUUUGAGGUCUGGGUCGACGACCUGCAGCUGUUCUUACAGUGCGAUAGGACGGACGGUCUUUCCCUCUUUGACCUCACCUCUGGUGCCUCUCCUGCCCCUGCUGCUGAUGCUGACCCCACUGUUCGCUCUCAGUGGGCCACCCGCGAUGCUGCUGCACGUCUUGCUGUGCGUCGCCACCUGCCUACCACUGAGCGCGCGCACUUUAGUCAGUACAAGAGUGCUCAGACCUUGUACGACGCUGUAGUUGCGCGCUACUCUUCCCCUGCCACUGCUGCCCUGAGCCGCCUCAUGCUACCGUACCUCUUUCCUGACCUUGCUGCCUUUCCCACUGUCGCUGACCUCAUUACGCACCUCCGCACUAGUGACACUCGCUACCGCGCCGCCCUUCCUGCUGAGUUCUGCGCCAAGAACCCCCCCCCCAUGUACAUCACUCUCUAUUACAUAGUCACACGCCUCCCUGACUCCCUUCACGUAGUCAGGGACCACUUCCUCUCAGUCUGUCCCACCACUCUCACUGUCGAUCUCCUCGAGAAGUCCCUCCUGGCGGCGGAGAAGAGCAUCGUCGCUGUAGGAGCCUCUCGUGGUGACCCUCGCACCCCCAUCUUUGAGGGGUGUUCUCCUUCCCCCCUGCUGCCCUCUGUUGCCUCUGCUGCUGCUGCCGACCUGCUUGGUCUUGAGUCGGUCUGCGCGGCGUCUGCCCCUAGCGGGAGACGCCGCCCUGGCAGGGGCAAGGGGGGCAAGGGCGCGGGUGGAACUGGAGGGGGCGGUGGAGGUGGCGGUGGAGGCGGCGGAGGGAGUGGGAGUGGCGGUGGGAGUGGUGGCGGGGGCGGUGGUGGCGGUGGCAGCAGCGGAGGAGGAGGCGGUGGUGGCGGCAGCGGUGGGAGCGGAGGCAGCGGUGGUGGUGGAGGUGGAGGCGGCGGUGGCGGAGGGGGUGGAGCUGGUCGGGGUGGUGCCCCGCAGCGUAGCGGCUCUGGUGGUGGCCAGCCUAUCUUUGAUCUUGACUUUGAUGCUAUCCUUGCUGCCAUGUAUGCUGUGACUAUUAGUGAGGAGGGUGACUGUUACCGGUGUUUCCCGCCCGACCCGGGCAUUGGUACUGCUGCGCUAGGUACUUCUGCGGCUGCUGCUCUAGGUGCCAGUGCGUCUGCACUCUCAGGUACUGGUGAGGCUGCGCUCUCAGGUACUGCGUCGGCUUCGGCCUCCCUCACCUUCACGCUUGACUCAGGGGCUUCUCGCUCCUUCUUUCGAGACCGCACCACACUCACGCCGCUUGGCCGGCCGGUUGCAGUCUCCCUGGCUGACCCCUCUGGGGGUCCUGUCCUCUCUCACUUCUCCACUGUCCUCCCGUGUCCGGCUGCCCCCUCGGGCACCUUGUCUGGUCUGUACCUCCCCUCGUUCUCGACGAACUUGGUGAGUGGUGCUGACCUGCAGGAUGCGGGGGUUCACCAGUUUACUCCUGCGAGUCAGCGGGUGACCCACUGCUCGGACGCCCGCACAGGCCGACACCUGGCCACGUUUUCGCGUCGGCCGGGGUCGAGUCUCUACACCCUGACCACUGAGUCUCCUCCUGUCCCUGCGUCUGGCCAGGUAGCUGCGUCGGGUCAGGUGUUUGCUGCUGCGUCCAGGUCUGGUCCUGAGUCUGCCCCCUGCUCGUGUCGCCGCCUGUCUCAGGAGACCCUCCUGUGGCACCACCGUCUUGGCCACCCCUCCUUGCCUCGUCUUCGGGGCAUGGCUUCCCGUGUCCUUGUCUCUGGUCUUCCCCGGUCUCUCCCUCCCCUUCCUUCGGGACCCGGACCUUCCUGUGUCCCCUGUGUCGAGGGGCGGCUCCGGGCUGCCCCUCACUCCUCCCAGUUUCCCCCGACAGAGGCUCCUCUGCAGACGCUUCACAUGGACGUGUGGGGCCCGGCCCGCGUCCGUGGGCAGGGUCACGAGCGCUACUUCCUGCUGGUGGUUGACGACUACUCGCGUUACACCACAGUCUUCCCCUUGCGCAGCAAGGGUGAUGUCACUGAGGUGUUGAUCGACUGGAUCCGCGCAGCUCGUCUCCAGCUCAGGAGGAGCUUCGGCUCGGACUUUCCUGUUCUGCGUCUGCACUCUGACCGAGGUGGAGAGUUCUCCUCUGGCCUUCUGCGAGCCUACUGUCGUGCACGAGGCAUCCGCCAGACCUUUACGCUUCCGGACUCUCCACAGCAAAAUGGGAUUGCUGAGCGCCGCAUUGGCAUGGUCAUGGACGUCGCUCGUACGUCCAUGAUGCAUGCGGCUGCCCCCCAUUUUCUGUGGCCGUUUGCGGUGAGGUACGCGGCGCAUCAGAUCAACCUUCACCCCAGGGUCUCCCGGCCGGAGACCUCCCCAGCUCUGCUGUGGACGGGGAAGGUCGGCGAUGCGUCUGCGUUCCGUGUCUGGGGAUCUCGGGCGUUUGUCCGCGACUUGUCUGCGGACAAGCUGUCCCCUCGUGCUGCUCCCUGUGUCUUCCUCGGCUUCCCCCCUGACGCCCCAGGGUGGCAGUUCUACCACCCCUCCUCUCGUCGUGUUCUGUCCUCCCAGGACGUCACGUUCGACGAGUCAGUCCCCUUCUACCGCCUCUUCCCCUACCGCACUCCUUCCCUCCCCCCGCCACCGCACUUCCUUGUGCCAGGUCCCCCCCCGGUAGACCCCCUUCCCCCUCAGGGUCCUGCCCCUUCAGGUGUGUCCCAGGUAGACGCGGUCGAGCCGGUCGAGGUUGCUGGUGACUCUGGUCCUGCUGCGGGUGCUGAGCCUGGGGGUGCUGACUCUGGGGGUGCUACGCGCGUGGGUGCUGAGCUUGGGGGUGCUGAGCCUGGGGGUGCUGAGUCUGGGGGUGCUGAGCCUGGGGGGUGA